AUGAUUCGCGGUACUCAGCUCGCGAUCGGCGACACCGGACGCCCUGAAGACCGCGUGAUCCGCAUAGUCAACCUCCAUUAUGAUGCAAACAGCGAACACGUUCGAAAUUUCUUCGGCGACAGCUUCAGCGUCAUCGACCUCGUUCGCGGAGUGAACUUAAAAACCAACAAGAACACUGUUGGCUAUGUACUUCUUGGGACCGAGCAGGAGCGUAUCGAUGCACAGGCACUAUCCGGUCGCCAAAUUCUCAACCGUACGGUCAAGAUUCUUCCUGCUCAGAGCGGCUUUCGUGUCUCGCCAGCGGGCAACAAGCUUCUGUGUGCUGUCGAAAGCGAAGAUGAUGGGGCUUCUGAUAAAACUGAACAUGUUCCAGCUAUCAGUGAUAUUGAAGCCUUCCCCCAUCUGCGCGUGGCUACGACUUCUCUCCUUGCGAGCCGUACCACUGUCUUCACUCGGAAGCGUUCGCAGCACCGAGGUUUGCAGAACCGUAUUUUGUUCAUGAACAACGUCGGUCAGGGUCCGGAAGUCAACCAGGCAUCGUUUCGCCUGUUCUUCGGCGCGUGUAGGAUUGUAGAUGUGAAGCGUCUCAUUGACCCGAAGACCAAGAUACCCAAUCCUACAGCGUUUGUGAUGUUCGCAUCAGUCCGCGAGCGUGAUGAUUCCCUUCAUCACCUACGAAACACGCUGAUGCAGGGUCGAAAGGUCACUUUAGAGGUACCCAAGAUUAUCCAGAACGUCGAUGAGCUUGGUUUUCUGCCUUCAGCUCACGAGAGCAUGGUCACGUUUUCUCCUCCUCGCGUUGCCACUGUAGCUGCCACGGUUCCACGCUCCACCUCUACGAUAAAUGCGAGCUUGCCUGACAGCUCCCAGCAAACAGCGACAUAUAUGCCCAUAGGUUUGAACCAGCCAAGCUGCACUGAUAACGAUACCGAAUUUCAGUCACUGCUUGGUCAACAUGCAACGGGGUGCGGUAUACCACAACAAAUGUCAUCUAAGACACAUGUCCGAAUUCAGCAGGAGUUUGGAGAUGUCUGCGAAACCGGAGACGUGGGCUAUCUGAAUAGCGCUGAAUUCAAGUGGGGUCUGUCGCGGGAUGAACUGUUCAACCGCUAUAUGCGUCAGCAACGCACUUUGCUGCCUAUGCCUUCUGGUAUUGAGGGUCCUGGUCAAAUCAUCAAUGGCCCUCCCAUGGCUCCUCCAGUCGGCAGGUUCUCUCCCUUCGCUUGUCCCUUUGGCUUAGCGCGUCAGGAGCCACCACCUGAUGUCGAUACCAGCUUUCAUCCGCGCGAGUAUAGCUGGGGCCUGAGCGGUAAUCAAGAUUCGGAGUGCCAUGUUAUCUCUGAAGAGUCUUGGUACGGUGGAUUUCCAGCCUCCCGGUAA